AAUUUUUAAUAUUUUCCAUAUCUGGUUAUUAUUAACGGGUAUCUUUUUCUAAGUCAUCUCAUCAAUAAUCACAAUUUUGAUUUACCAUAUUUAUCCUUUGUUUUAUUGUUUCAGUUAAUAAAAUGGCACCUGUAAAUACAAGCGGGGGAAAACCAAAAGAUGAAAUACCAUCCGAGUUCAAACUACAAUGGCUAAACAGGACAUUACAAUUCAUAAAAAACGACAAGAAAUUAAAAUUGGAGUAUCCAGAACUGCCGAUGGAUAGAGUAAAGUUCCUCCAAGACAUGAUAACUUGCAGAAACUAUGAUCUAAGUCUUGGUUAUAGGCAAUUGUACUUGCCUCUGUGGGAGGCCCUUCAAAUUAUCGGUGUAAAAUACGACUUUAAAAUGCGACUAGCGACCACAAAGAAUGAUACUGGAGUUUUAUCCUUGGUAAAGAUUUCGAAGAACAUGAAGCCAGAAAUGGUUUUUGUCAGCGACAUAGAUUCCUCAGAUGACGAUGUACAAACAAAGAAAGAACAAAUAAGCAAGCAAUUAUUAAAAACAAUACGAAAUGCAGUAGAUUCAGUAUCCCCAGCUUUUGUAAAGGCAUCGCUGCAGAAAUUUCACGAUUUUGUAUGUGAUGUAAAAAAUGCAAGUGUUGUGUAUGAAAACUUGGCUAGGAGUGAAGUGACAUUCCUACAGAAUUUAUUGGGCAUUAUGAAGAACAGGAAGGCUUUAGAGGAACUAUUUUCACCAAUGUGCAAUGACUUACUGAAAAAGAUUGGUACAGUGGUGGAAAAUUCUGAUACUUAUACAUUAGAAAUAACACCUGUUACUCAAGAUAAAGAUACUUCGAAAAGGCAAUUGUCGUUCCAAAAGGUGCCGUAUUUCGGAAAAAAGAAAGUCAAAAAGACAAAAUCAGCAAAGAAAAAAGAAAGUACGAGGCCGAGUACAGCGGCACAGAUAAAAGAAUCUUUAGAAGCACAGAAAAGUAAUGACAAUGAAUUAUCUGUGAAAAUGGAAACAUUAUCUGUCAAGGGAAAACUGGAGAAUUUAUUUGACGAAUUAAAAAAAGACAUACCACAGACUUUAGCUAUACCAAAAGGCAUAGACAAAUCACCAACAGACAAGAGAGGAGCCAUAGAGAAAGUGAAAAAUGUAGAUAAAAAAAUAUUAAAUAUACCUAAUAAUGUAUUGUUACAAUCUUUAGAUAAAUGUGCCAAAGCUGUUAGUCCUAUAUCUAGUAAUACUGGUUGUGAAAAGAAAACAGAAGCUAAAAUACCUGCCAUAGUAAAACCUACAAAACCAGUAGAGGAGAAAUCAUUCGAAACUCUCAUAAAAGAGAAUAAACAUAUACCACCAAAAACCAAUAAUUUGAUCAAGAAAAAUGAUUUAUUAAAAAAAGUUGAAGACCCUGGGAUUGAAGAGAAAAAAGCAAAGACCUCAGAUAAGCCAAUUGAAGUUAAAAUCUCAAAAAGUGAGGUGGAUAUGAAAAUAAAUAAACCCGUGGAAAAUACUAAUUUAAGUAAACCAACCAUAAACAACACGACCAAAGAGAAACCAAAAGCAUCGGCCAUAGACAAAAUGGAUGUAAAAAACAUGCCCAAAGUAAAAGUGAAAUUGAUGGAAGGAUUGACAACACCAGUAGAAAGUGAUAUAGCUAUCAGAAUGAUGAAGUCCAUGGGUUGGAAGGGGGGUGCGCUCGGUGCGAGGGAGGGGGGGAUCACUGAACCGAUCAUGCCUGAUAUACAUUUGGUAAAAAACGCGGGCCUUGGGCACGUACAAGAGAAAAAGAAGAAACAAUCGAAUCCAAUACGACGUGAAAUUUUACAAGCCAUAUUAGUAGCACUCAACAACGAUACACCCGUCUCUUUCUCGCAAGUGAAAACGCAAUUGAGUAAAAAGGACAAACAAUAUGUGAAUUCGGUUAAUCGCGCGUUGAAUACACGGAACGAUCCCGGGUUACCGGGAAAGGAUGAAUCGGCUUUGAUUGAGUGUAUUUUGGACGUGCUGAAAGAUAACCCGAAAAUGAAGUUCUACGUUGAGGUUAAGAAAAAGCAAUUACGGAUUGAGAAAAUCGAAGAAAAAUCUCACUCUAUAUCAGAUGAUGUUGAAGAAAAAGAUUCAAACGAAAAUAUAAAAGAUUCACAAAUAACGAAAGUCAAAGUAUUAUCAGAUAACGAAGUUAAAAACAAAAUGGCCGAAUACAUAAACACAAUAGAUCCGAAUAAUAAUGAAAACGAUUUAUUAAAUAUAAAAGAUAUAGUUCCGUUAUUAACGGAAACGGAAAGGGAAGAAAUAACACCAAAAACGAUAAAUACACAAAAAGAUAGAUUGUUCGUAAUGAAAAUGUGUCUACACUUUCUGAAAAGCGACAGAACGGAUGUGACGAUUUCGAUGAAUUUCAACUUAAGUUGUAUGAGUUUUGUGAAACAGUUGACCCUUUUUAUCAAUCAGAGGAAAGCUACGUUGAAAAGUAGAGUCGAAUGUUUUGUGUGGAACGAAUUGUUCAAAUAUAUAGGAAAUGCCUAUUUAAUAUAUUGGUGUGAGGGAAUGAAGUCAUUUGGAUUUAGCAAAGUCUACCGUCCUGAACAUAGUAUAAGCAAUUCAUCUGGCAAUACCAUUGUUUCAAAAGAAAUAAAAACUCAAGCACCUAGCAACAUCAAAAAUAAUGCAUCUGGCAACCCUUAUGAGUCAAAGGAAUCAAAAACUAAAGCUUCUAGCAACACUAUUGAGUCAAAAGAGACAAAAACUGAAGCAUCUGUCAACUUUGAAGAUAAUGCAUCUGGCAACCCUAAUGAGUCAAAGGAAUCAAAAACUAAAGCUUCUAGCAACACUAUUGAGUCAAAAAAGACAAAAACUGAAGCAUCCGGCAACUUUGAAAUAAAAGACAACAAUAAAUUGUGCCUAAACUUUUCGAAAGACAAAAAAGGUGAUGGUCUUUUCGUUUUUGGAUUUGAUGUAGAUGGUAACACUAAUGAUGGAAAAGUAGAAAAAGGAAAAGAAAAUAAUGUAGAUACUGAUGAGGAAAAAAUUGUGAAAGUAGAAGAAAAUAAUGUAGAUAGCAACUCUUAUGAUGGAAAAGUAGUAGAGAAUAAUGUAGAUGGCAACACUUUUAAGAAAAAAGUGGAAAAAGAAAAGGAAAAUUAUGUAAAUGGCAAUACUAAUGAUGAAAAAGUAGAAAAAGUAAAUGAAAAUGGCACAAAAUCAGUAUUAGAUACAGCCAUAUGUAAAAAAAUUGACGAUGAAAUAACCAAAUUAAUGGAAAACAUGAGUGUUUGCCAAAAAAUGUCCAACUGCAAACUAAAAGAGAUUAUAAAUAUAAGAAUUUUCAAAGAAAUAAAUACACCAAUGCGAGAAGAAACCGCGAAAAACAUUCAAAUUCAAAUUUGGAAUUCCAUAAAAGAAAAAAAACAAUUUUUUCCCGCGCUCAAGUGUCACGGGAUAAAAAAUGACAGCUUACUAUAUAGCUGUUUUAACUACGAAACAUAUAUAUGGAUAAUCGAUUUAUUACAAGAUUAUCGAGUUAUUUCAUACAAUAAUUGUGAAACGUUCGUAAUGACGUUGAAAAUGAAUAUUUUUGAUGAAAAUUUUGAUGUUUUUGCGUGUUUAAAUAAGUAUUAUCGGCAUUUGGAUACGACAAAAUGGCGGGUCGUUGAUAAAAUAUAUAAAGAAGGGGAAUUGAAUAUUAUUGUUAUGUUGGAUUGGUGUUCUUUUAAAUUUAUAAGUGAUAAUGGUUUUAGAUUAUUUGCUGGUAUCGAUGAGAUUUGUUUUGGAUUAAACUCGUAAACCGACUUUAAAAAAGGAGGAUUUUAAGAAAAAUUGUUUGUUAGUUUUUGUUUGGAUUUUAAAGAUUUUUUUGUUUUGUUUGAAAGCUUAGAACUUGCGAAUGGAUGAAACGAUUUUGAUGAUUUUAUGCCAAUUUUCCUUUUGGUUCUGACAAUUUGAAAGUGAUUAGUUUUAUGGUAAUUUUUUGAAGUGAAACUUCUUUUGGCGUGUAAGAGUAUUUCAACGCGUUAUGGCAAUACCGUCACGUCAUGGAGUAAGGCGAGGAUUUUGGUAUAUUUGAAUCUUGGUAAGAAGUUUCACUUCGGACACGUGUGCACUACAGACAUGUUUUUACUUUUCGUAACAAAUGUUCAAAAUAUACUAAGACUGUUCCUGUUAAUUAUUAGGCUGUUUAAUUUUAAAAAGCAAGUUAAUUAGUUUUUUAUUAAAGUAAAUUUUAGUUAAACUAAUCUUCUAUUUAAGAAGGAACUGACUAGUCAACGCACAGUCAAAACUGCUGUGUUAAAAAUGGUUAAGUUUUGCACGAUAAAAAAAAUCUUUAAAUAUUUAAUAUCUAAGAUGUAAGUAUAUUAUAUUGAUUUGCUAUAAAACAAUUAUAAUUUUAUAAAAAAAUUGUUUUUAUACAUAUUGUUAGCAUUUAAAAAUAGUCAAAAAAAUGUCUGAACAACGUUGUACAAAGCAUUCAUUGAAAUUAACACCUUAUUUCGUGAUAGUAAUGUUCAAAGUCAAAUAUCUCUUUAUAAAACUAUGCCUAAAACGAAAAAGUAGAGUUUUGCGUCGGACAAUUUUAAAUAAUUUUAAGUCUAGUUGUUCUUAUAAUUAAGUACUUUAUAUUAUUAAGGGCCGGUUUUUUCAAUCCUUUGUUAAAAUUUAUCCGUC